UCUCCGUUCCCAUUAGCAACCGGAGGCUUCCAAACAAGCUGCCCUCCCUCCGCCUCUUCUGCGGCCCAACAGGCCUCGGCGACCCCCGGGCUUGGCGGGGCUCCGCCGGGCCUCUCCCGCUCCCCUGGGCUGUGACUCCCGCCGCCGCCAUGGCAGAGUUGGGCCUAAAUGAGCACCAUCAAAAUGAAGUUAUUAAUUACAUGCGUUUUGCUCGUUCAAAAAGAGGCUUGAGACUCAAAACUGUAGAUUCCUGCUUCCAGGACCUCAAGGAGAGCAGGCUGGUGGAGGAGACCUUCACCGCGGACGAGGUGGCCGAGGUCCUGAGCGCGCUGCAGGCCGUGGUCAACAGCGAGCUGGAGUCCGAGCUCAUCAACACGGCGCACACCAACGUGCUGCUCCUGCGGCAGCUCUUCGCUCAAGCCGAGAAGUGGUUCCUCAAGCUGCAGACGGACAUCUCGGAGCUGGAGAACAGAGAAUUAUUAGAACAAGUCGCAGAAUUUGAAAAAGCAGAAUUUACGUCUUCAAAUAAAAAGCCCAUCAUAGACCCCAUGAAGCCGAAACUUGCUCCACUUAAUGAGGGCGGAACAACGGAACUCUUGAACAAGGAAAUCGUACGACUUCAAGAAGAGAAUGAGAAAUUGAAGUUGAGGCUCAGGACGAUUGAAAUACAGGCAACACACGCGUUAGAUGAGAAGUCAAAACUGGAAAGAGCACUGCAGGACUUGCAGCUCGACCAGGGGAGUCAGCAGGAUUCGAUCAAGGCCCAAGACUUGAAUGACUUGGAAGACACAGUUGCUGCUUUAAAGAGUGAGUUUCAGAAGACACUUAACGACCAGACAGAAAACCAGAAGUCCCUGGAGGAGAAUCUGGCAACAGCCAAGCACGACCUGCUCAGGGUUCAGGAGCAGCUGAGCAUGGCUGAGAAGGAAUUAGACAAGAAAUUCCAACAGACAGCAGCUUAUCGAAACAUGAAAGAGAUUCUCACCAGGAAGAAUGACCAAAUCAAAGACCUGAGGAGAAGACUGGCCAAAUACGAACCUGAAGAUUAAAACCCAAAGAGGAGUUCUCCCGGAAGCCGCCACAGCUAGAAAUCCAAGCGGUCUCUCCCCUCAGGCACGUACUUUGAAGCAGUUUGUUAUAUCCCCUCUCUUUAUUUUUCUAACAUAUAGACUUUGCUCCUACGGUUCAGAGCCCCACCCCCCGUUUCAGUUACCUGGUGGAGCAGAGGGGAGCCUGCGGGCCGAUCCCGGCCGAUGGCCCGACCCCUUGCCCAGCUCUCCAGUGCAGUGAGGUUUCUGUGUGGUGCAGAAGAGAUUUUGUAGAGCGGAGGAAGAGCCUUCUCCUUCCGCAUUAGCUCACAGUGCACACCGUUUCACUGAGUGUUAUAAAAAGUUACUAAAGAUAGUUACUACCAAUAAACCUUAUUUUUCAAAAUUUAA